GAGAGAUAGACAGUAGCCUGAGUAGGGCUGGCCGGAUAUCCAUCUUUCUAUUGAAUGGCUGAGUCAAAAAGCGAAACCCCUGUUGCUAACAUUGAAAGGGAUAAAUGCCACUGUCCGAUAUGCCUAGAAGAGGUAAGAAAACCGAAGUAUUUGCCGUGUUAUCACACAUUCUGUGGGCCGUGUAUUCAGACUUACAUUUCAAGUACGGCAGCACAUAAGGAAACCAAUACAGUUCAAUCUAUCGAAUGUCCCGUUUGUAGAAGAUGUGUCGACGCUCCGAGGAAAAACAUUUCAAGUGAAGAAUGGGCAUUGGAAUUACCUAUGAACAAACUUGUUCUGACUUUGUCAGUAGAUCCUGAGCAAGAUGAAAAUAAAAACUGUAUGUUUUGUAAACGGGCAGAGAAAACGAUACCUGCGAGGUUCUGGUGCAAAAUCUGUAUGGAAGCUGUUUGUGAAGAUUGCAAAUCAUUUCACAGACUUGUUCCAAGUCUACAGGAUCAUAAAAUUAUAAACCUCGCGAACAUUAAGGAGGUGAACAGUGAAAUCGAGAUAGAGGAGCCAUGUCUUUUGCACAAAGGUAAGGUACUUGAUGUUUUUUGCCACGGCCACCAACAGCUAUGUUGCAGCGUCUGCCAUGUCAAACAGCACAAAUCGUGCAAGAAAGUAGACACAGUUGAAGAUACAGCUCUGGCAGUUGGCAGAGAUCACAUUCAAAACAUUGUUUCUAAAUAUAUUGGUUUGGAAAAAGAUGUUGAAGACAUGUUGUUAGAAAAAAUGAAUCUAAAAGCCGAACUCAAUACCAAGAAGCGAGAAAUAUGUAUGAACACUGAAGAGAAAGUUGAAGAAAUCAAAUCACUUUUGGACAAUGCACAUACAAAUUGGCUAAAACGAUUUGAACAGACGCAUGCAGAUUCCAUUGGAAACAUUGAAAUAGUUUAUGAUGAGUUGAAACGGUUUUCCACUACAAUACAUGAGGCAAGAACCAUACUACAAUCAGUGUUGAAUAGUGGGUCUUCAAAACAGUUAUUUAUUACGAAUGUUAAAUUACAAAAUCAAAUGUCUGAGCACAUCUCUCGUUUAAAGUCUUUACAAAUUUGGAAUUUUCCCAAAGAUUACAAGCAUGACAACUCGAACUUUCUUAGUCUAAUUUCGAAUUCAAAAGAAUUUGAAGACGUGGUAUUGUCUAAAGAACAAUCUUGGAAAGUAGAGAAAUUACUAAGGAGUUCACUGGUCAAGACCGACAAAGACUGGAUGAAAGUCAACCUAACGAAAUUAUCCCGGGUUAAAAAUUUAUCAGAAACAGCUUAUUACGGUUUGUUUGUUAGUGACACAAUGAUAAUAUUAUCUCAAACGAGUCAACGGUCGCUGAAGAUUUACGACAUUAGUUAUUCCACAGGAGAAUGUGUUCACACAGAGAUUUGUCAACAGAAACCGUACGGCCUCUGUCACUCCGGUUUGAGCUUGAAUGAAAUUUAUGUAUCUUUUGAAACCUUCAUCAACCAUUUUCGAAUUGAUGUCGCAAAAUCUAUAACAUUUACAAAACUUAAAACUAUUGACUUAAAACAACCCAUGUUGGUGAUUUCUCGUGGGCUAACAACAGUGUUUGCCGCCAAUCGUUCUACAAGAUUUAUUUGUUCUUUGGACUUUUGCAUCAACCAUAGUUCACCAUACAAACAGAGUGGAGAUGCACCCUUUGUAUCUUCGUCGUUGGUUUCAGAUACACAUUGUUUUAUUAGUGAUGGGGUGGUAGUAACUGUAGAUCAGAAUAACAAAGUGAUUCGUUUGAGUCCUGGCGAUCAAAAGUUUAGAGGACUCUCAUUUGACUUAGAAGAUAACAUCUUGGUUUGUAAUAGAUCAUCUAAACUUAAACAGUUUAAACAUGGAUUCGGUGAGAGUAGAGACAUUGACCUAGCAGAUAGUGACAUGACCGAUUCUUAUAAUAUUAUACUUCAUCCAGCUGGAGAGAAGAUAUUGUUGUUAAGUUUAGGCCAACAAUGCUCUGUUUACCAGAUUUGACGCGACGCGGCGAACGAGAAUGCUAUCUACCAUCAUAAAGCGAACGCCCUACCACUAGGGGUAUCGUGACAAAUAGUAGGAGAUGUAGCCUAGCCUGUUGAAAAGUAUCUCUUAGUAACAUCUACUCCCAUUUGUUAAUAGUGUUAAUUUAGUAUAGAAAACAGAUUAACAAAUGGACGUCAUAUAUUUUACUCCCUAUAAGUCUUUGACAAGCAUACCAUGUAGGAUAAAAGAGGGAGUUCCUUUUCUUUCACUUCCAAUCAAUUAUUGAAGCAAAUUUUUCAAAUUCUUUUUUACGACGGAGUUCUUUCUACGAUAAUUUCAAAGUACCAAAUUUUAGAUUAUUAAAAAAAAUAUCAAGGAUAUGGAGAUAAGGAGCAGUAUUCAA